AAGCCGGCUCUUAGGCUUGCUACAAGAAACCAAAAGUACACCAAGUUCGUCCAAACGCAACAGUUUAAUUUCCAAAGUUCAUCAAAUAAAGCUACAAUCCGUGUGUUCUCUUCUCUCCUCGAAUGCAGGAAGUGCCGGAUCUUUAUAGGGGAGGGACACGCCCACCCAGGUGGUUAAAUCACCGGCACCUGGAAGACAGAGACUUAACACAGCAACACACGCAUGCACUCAAAUACACACAUUCGUUAGUGGACAAAACAGACAGAGCUGUGGAGCCCAAAAAGGGUUCGUCACAUGCACGUUUAAAACGACCGAGAAAGGAGGUUUACAGAUAGGGAUCAUCUGCUUCUUCUCUUUGUUCCAUUAAUAAGCAGGAGGUGUUUGGCUGUGGGUCAGCUCUGUGCAAUUUCGUUAACGAUUAAUUAACUGAAUCAGCCCGAAGUAGUGAGGUGACAGAAUUGUGUUGAAAUAAGUUUCUAAAGGAGCUGAAACAAAAGAGGCCCAGGCCGUGAAACGUUUUUAAAGUAACUGAAACGAGUUGUUGAUAGCCCAAAGUAGUGUGGUUUGUGCCUGAAGUUUGGCCGAGCAGGUAGGAGUUAUAAAAAGGAUAGAAGAUGUCCAUGUCUCACAGCAAGCAGCUUGCAGACCAGCGAGAACAUGAAGACCCUGAUUUUGUUGGCAUUGCUCGGAGCGGCAUGGGCUGAUGUGGAAGUGGUGGGAGGUCAUGAGUGCCGCAGGCACUCCGUGCCCUACCAGGCGUCCCUGAAUGCAGGCCGACACUUCUGCGGUGGCUCCCUCAUCUCCAGCCAGUGGGUUGUGUCUGCUGCCCACUGCUACACACGUCGCAUCCAGGUCCGCCUUGGUGAGCACAGCCUCUCCUCCAACGAGGGCACCGAACAGUUAAUCGACUCCGCCAAGAUCAUCAAGCACCCCAACUACAAUCGCAACAACCUGGACAACGACAUCAUGCUCAUCAAGCUGAGCCGCCCGGCUACACUCAACAGCUAUGUCAAGACUGUGGCCCUGCCCAGCAAAUGUCCCAUUCCCAAUGAGGAAUGCAUGGUGUCCGGAUGGGGCGCCACCGACGGCAAAAGUACGAUCUUUCCUGACCGCCUGCAGUGCCUUACACAACCCAUCAUCGAUGAUCCCACCUGCAAGAGGGCCUAUCGCUGCCUCAUGACUAAGAACAUGGUCUGCUCUGGCUUCAUGCAAGGAGGAGCCGACAGCUGCAAGGGUGACUCUGGCGGACCUCUGGUGUGCGGUGGCCAGCUGCAGGGUGUGGUCUCCUGGGGACCAAAUGAGUGUGCUUUGAGGGACAAACCCGGUGUCUACACCCGCGUGUGCCGUUACAACCGCUGGAUUAAGGGUGUCAUGAAGAGCAACUAAAAACCCAUACACACCUCUGUUCCAAUGAGACAAUGCUGUCAUGAUGAACUCUAUGGCCAAUAAAGACAUUUGCAACUGAAA